CUGAGCACUCAGCAGCUUUAGCAGCAGAGGAAGGAGAGAGGGCGAGCAGCGCUGGCAGUGACGCGGCGGAGGUGUAGUUUGACGCGGUGUGUUACGUGGUGGGGAAGAGAAUAAAAAAAGCCCAGCGAGAUCCCAGCCGCGAACGAAAGCAGUGACGGAGGAGAGGCAGUGUAACCCGGUAACUAAAUGACCAUGGAAUCUGGUGCAGAGACUCAACAGAGUGGAGAUGCGGCUGUCACAGAGGCAGAAGCCCAACAGAUGACCAUACAGACCCAGCCACAGAUUGCAACAUUAGCACAGGUAUCCAUGGCAGCUGCACAUGCAACAUCAUCAGCCCCUACAGUGACAUUAGUCCAGCUUCCCAAUGGACAGACUGUUCAAGUACAUGGAGUUAUUCAAGCUGCACAACCAUCUGUCAUACAGUCUCCACAAGUACAGACAGUGCAAAUUUCCACAAUUGCGGAAAGUGAAGAUUCUCAGGAAUCCGUAGACAGUGUUACAGACUCUCAGAAACGCAGAGAAAUUCUUUCCAGGCGGCCGUCCUACAGGAAAAUUUUAAAUGACUUGUCUUCGGAUGCUCCGGGAGUACCGAGGAUUGAAGAGGAAAAAUCUGAAGAGGAGACAUCUGCUCCUGCUAUCACAACAGUGACUGUUCCAACACCAAUCUACCAAACAAGCAGCGGCCAGUACAUUGCCAUUACACAGGGUGGAGCAAUACAGCUGGCUAAUAAUGGCACAGAUGGAGUCCAAGGACUUCAAACAUUAACUAUGGCCAAUACAACAGCAACACAACCUGGAACCACAAUUCUACAGUAUGCGCAAACCACAGAUGGGCAACAAAUAUUGGUUCCUAGCAACCAAGUUGUGGUACAGGCUGCCUCAGGAGAUGUACAGACUUAUCAGAUCCGCACAGCACCUACAAGCACAAUCGCACCGGGCGUUGUUAUGGCAUCCUCUCCGGCCCUCCCUGCUCAACCUGCUGAAGAAGCUGCACGAAAGAGAGAAGUCAGGCUCAUGAAAAACAGGGAAGCAGCACGGGAAUGUCGUCGAAAGAAGAAAGAAUAUGUGAAGUGUCUAGAAAACAGAGUGGCAGUUCUUGAAAAUCAAAAUAAGACACUGAUUGAAGAACUUAAAGCACUAAAAGACCUUUACUGCCACAAAUCAGAUUGAGGGAAUAAUUAACUAUAACUAGACUGGUUUGACCACAAGAAGACAGAAAAUUUAGGGUUUUAUUUUCUAAAUCUUUUUCCCCUAUUUGCAAAACUGCCUGACUGCAACUAGAGGAUUUUAUUCAUCUGUGCUUUUGCAUUAAAACUGUGAAUGCUCCUAGCUCCUGCCUCCAUCUCGAGAUGAGUAAGUGACUCCUGCCUGUCUACCAGAUCAAGAAGAGGAAAAUACUUUAGGUUUAUAUUUUUCAUCCUGCCUUCAGUUUAUUUGCUUUUCUGCUUUGUCCUUCAUAUAUUUGCUUGGCACCUUUAGUGCAGGAAUGGCCUGUAUAUAGAGUAUCUCAGGCCCUUCAUUUUCAGAUACUGCCCCAAGUACACAGUAUACACUUGUAGUGUGAGGACAUGAAGGCAUUUUCUGUUUGCUGUAUUCACUCCAGUAUUUCUCCUUUUCUCACAGAACAUUCUGAUGAUGUGGAAAAUGGUAACCCUUUGUUUAAUUAUUGCCAUUGGUCAAAACGGAGAACUAUUGAAAGCAAAAUGCUUUGAAACCUUUUUUAUGCUUUAGAAGCAGUCAAAUUAUGGUCUGGAGAGCACUUUUUUUCCUCCUCCCCUUCCUCCGUUCUUUUGCGUUUUCCCUCUGGAAUAUCAUGUCAACUGACUUCAAUUUGCCUGUGUUUAGCCAGUGUAAACUUUCAUGAGCAACAUGUACAACCUCCCCAUUUCCGGCCGGCAGUUCUGCUGAUUUACAACACACAGGAGAGCCACUGUAAGCACGCCAAGGUACAUUUGAAGUUGCAGUUCCAGAAGUUUAAAAAAAAGAAACACUCCAUCUUGAACAAUCCUUUAAAAUAUUGGUUUGUGAAGUAUUCAAGUUUAUAAAGAAACAUUAUAUAAUCUAUUGAACUUUGCAACACAUGAAUUUUUCUGGGCAAUUUUAAAACAAAUAAUAAUGUGCAAUUGUUUCUUUGUUUCUAUAUGUACUAUACCCCUAAAACCCAACUCCCCAUCACCAGCAGCCCAUUAUGGAAGAUUUCCAAAUGCAAAAUUAGAGUAAAAUGCCCCCCCCCUCCCCC